GCGACAGCACCACGAAAAUAGUUGCCAACCCAAAACUCCUCCUCGCCGAAUAGUAACCAUCGCCAGUUCUCCGUCACAAUGGUUGUCCUCGCAGCGUCGAUCUGCACCCGUGGCGGGAAAGCUGUCCUCUCCCGACAGUUCAGGGAGAUGCCACGGUCUCGCAUAGAAGCCCUUCUAGCCUCGCUUCCCAAACUGGCGGACUCCGGCACGCAGCACACCACCGUUGAGCAAGACAAUGUGCGCUUUGUGUACCAGCCAUUGGACGAGCUGUACAUGGUGCUCAUCACGAACCGCCAAUCCAACAUUCUCCAAGACAUCGAUUCGCUACACCUCUUCGCCCAGGUGGUCACCAGCACCUGUAGGACUCUUGACGAGCGGGAAAUCCUGAAGAAUGCCUACGAACUACUCAGUGCUUUUGACGAACUCGUCGCCCUGGGCUACAGGGAGAACUUGACGAUCGGCCAGAUCAAGACCUUCUUGGAGAUGGAGAGUCACGAGGAGCGUAUCCAGGAAAUCAUUGCGAGGAACAAAGAGUUGGAGGCAACGGAGGAGCGGAAGCGCAAGGCCAAGCAGCUCGAGAUGCAACGAAAGGAAUCGGCACGGGCCAGCCGCGCCGGCAUGCCCAGGACGCCCGUGUACCCGACAUACACGCCGCCGGCCCGUUCGACGACAACAACAGAUACAUACGACUCUUACGAGGCUGAGAAGAACAAGACAUACAAUAAGAUGAGCGCGCCCAAGGCCAAGGGUAUGCAACUAGGCAAGAAGUCCAAGACUACGGACAUGUUCGAACGCGUUCGUGGCGAGAUGGGGCCCGAAGUCGACGAUUCCCCGUUGAUCACCCCGGCGGCGGCACCGGCCACGGAGCACGCUGCGGAGCCGCGGCUGUCUUCUACGCUGGAUCGGGAUGCCAUCCACGUCACCGUGACCGAGGCCAUCAGCGCCAAACUGUCUCGCGAAGGGGCCAUCAACUCGCUGGCGAUCAGCGGCGACCUCACGCUCCGCAUCUCGGAUCCGAGCCUGACCAAGAUCAAGCUCGACCUCAGGGCGGUGCCGAGCCACGGCGCGCAGUUCCGGACGCACCCGAACGUCAACCGCAACGCGUUCAACGAGUCCAAGGUGAUCCAGAUGAGCAACACGGCACGCGGGUUCCCGGUGAACAACGCCGUCGGGGUGCUGCGGUGGCGGGCCACGCCCAAGACGGACGACAGCAGCGCCUGCCCGAUCACGCUGACGGCGUGGAUCAGCAACGAGGGCGGCAAGUGCAACGUGACGGUGGAGUACGAGCUCACGGGCGGCGACACGCUCAACGACGUGAGCGUCGUCAUCCCCUACGGGGCGAACGAGCCGGUGGUGUCGAGCUUCGAUGCGUCGUAUGAGGUGUCGGGCGAUUCCGUCGAGUGGAAUAUUGGCAGCGUGUCGGAGGACAACCCCAGUGGAGCGUUCGAGUUUGAGGCCGAGACGGACGACGAGAACGAUUUCUUCCCGAUGACGAUACGGUUUUCCAAGACGUCUCCUUACGUGGAUGUUGAUGUUUUGGCGGUUUCUUUGUUCGAGGAGAACGAGGAGGUCACUUUCUCCAAGGAACUCAAGUCUGUCGCGGAUAACUUCUUGGUCGAAUAAAUAAAAGCAGAGCAUCACCAGACUUUGGACGCAUCUGGGAGAUUCUCCCGUCUUGUUUUUCUUCUUCUCUUUUUCUUGAGCAGAUAGAACGAAUGCGACGAUGGGAUCAAAAAGGGUCACGGCAUGGGCUGUCACUUUUCCUGUCUACUUAGUUGACGUUGAACGUUGAUGAUAAUAAAAGGAAAUACCUUAGUAAAUUGGAAAAGUGGUCACCACGAAAGCGCCAUUGAGUCGAGUACGCCGCAAUUUACAUUUGGAAUAGGGUUGUUGUGAUUAGACACUGUGUGGGAGACCCGGACAUAGCCUGUACAUAAAGUCCACAGCGGACCCCAGCCUCGCUGGAGUGCGCGAAACGAUCCGUGCGACUGUAGUGGAUUAACACAGCUUGGGGGGAGGCUCUUGCCCGCAACCUCCAGGACCAGCGCAUACUAAGGUAGGUAGGUAGGUACGGUAGGUAGGUAGGCAAGGUACACACAGUGAGGGAGGAAUGGGC